AUGAAGGCGGAUGAUUGUCCAUGGAUUCACGUCCUAGGGAAGAAACCCUCCUCCUCCUUCUUCGUGUUCAUCGGCAACAUUACUUUUGAUACUACGGCGGACGACAUCAAUCGCAUUUUCAGGAGGUACGGAAAGAUAAUGGAUGUCUUCCUCCCAACGGAUAGGAUUCGGCAUCGACCUAGGGGUUUUGGAUUUGUACGCUACCGUUAUGAACAAGAUGCGAUUAAUGCUAAGAAAUGCCUACAUGGAAGGAGGGUCGAUGGUAGAAUCAUAACAGUUGAGAGAGCAAAGAGUCAGAACGAUGCACCCUCACCUUCCCUUCCCAUUCCCAAACCCACCCUACUGGAGCAGUUAAACCCUAUUCCGCCUUUAGGAAUGCCCUUCCCGCCCCCUCCUUUUUUGGACAAGGCCUUCAGCCGUCCAGCUUCCCCUGCCGAGAGAAUGUCGAGUAACACUCGGGGGCCUGAGAUUUCUGCCCCUUUCUCGGCUCACGCCAGCAAGAAAGAGGUAGAUCGGCUUUUGAGGCAACUUGUAGCCACCCUAAUAGUAUCGACGAAAGACGCCAUGGUGUCCAUCGUUCAUUUGACUGAUUCUCUCCGUAAAUUUGAUCACUCGUUAGCUAAGAUAAACAUCACUAGGGUUUCAGCAUUGCAGUUCUUGUUUAAGUUCCAUACAAAGUAG